UAUGAAAGAGCCCCGGGCGUCGUGAUCAGUGUUGGUGUGUACAGACAGAACACUUCACAUCCAGCACCUCACAGCUACAGGGACUUGGUUGAAAUGAUCGGUGUCAGAGGCUUGAGUUUGGUGAUCCUCAUGCACGUACUCACGUGGCACGUGACUCACCACGCGGUGGUCUGCCCAGGUGGAUGUCAGUGUUCGCCUACCUCCUUCAUCUGUACAGGUGGCACCAUCUCCAUCACCAGACAUGCAUUCGGGGAUGUCUCCGGGGGAAGUAUUCGUCUGAAGAACGUCACUAUUACCACCAUUGAAGAGGAGGCUUUCUUCAACUUGAGCAGAACAAGUGUGUAUAUUUCUAACUUUGGGGUGGACGUGCUGCCCUCAAGAACAUUUCACAAUGUGUCCUCAUUCUCCUUUUCUCUAUCACAUGGACGAGUCACAACAGUCCAGUCACAAGCCUUCAGCCGUAUGGAUGUUUCAUUCCUGAAGAUACACAAUGUCAACAUCACGACCCUUCAGCCUCACGCCUUUCAGAAUGUCACAGCGUCCUUCUUUGACAUUUAUAAUUCAAACAUCUCGACGAUCGGUUCAAACUCUUUCGGUAAUCUUACAGCAACCUUCCUGAAUAUAUACAACGUAAGCAUCACCAGCAUAGAGUCCCAUGCCUUUGCAAAUGUGAGUGCAUCAUUCAUGAAAAUAUACAACGCAAAUAUCACCACUAUCCAAUCCUAUGCCUUUGUCGGUAUCAAAGUUUCAUCUCUGGACCUGUACAACAUCAUUAUGAAUUCUAUCGGAUCAAAUGCUUUUCACAAUGCAGUCUUCAGUUCUUUCGAUCUAUACAACGCUAGUAUCGCCUCCAUUCAGCCCCAUACUUUUAACAACAUGAGUGUGUCUCAUUUGGACAUAUACAACGCAAACAUCACCACCAUAGAGUCCUAUGCCUUUGUAAAUAUGAGUGCGUCUCACAUGAAUAUAUACAACGUAAGCAUCACCACCAUAGAGUCCUAUGUCUUUGCAAAUAUGAGUGCAUCAUUCAUGAAUAUAUACAACGCAAACAUAACCACCAUAGAGUCCUAUGCCUUUGCAAAUGUGAGUGCAUCAUUCAUGAAAAUAUACAACGCAAAUAUCACCACUAUCCAAUCCUAUGCCUUUGUCGGUAUCAAAGUUUCAUCUCUGGACCUGUACAACAUCAUUAUGAAUUCUAUCGGAUCAAAUGCUUUUCACAAUGCAGUCAUCGGUUCUUUCGAUCUAUACAACGCUAGUAUCGCCUCCAUUCAGCCCCAUACUUUUAACAACAUGAGUGUGUCUCAUUUGGACAUAUACAACGCAAACAUCACCACCAUAGAGUCCUAUGCCUUUGCAAAUGUGAGUGCAUCGUUCAUGGAAAUUAACAACGCAAACAUCACUACCAUAGAGUCCUAUGCCUUUGCAAAUGUGAGUGCAUCAUUCAUGAAAAUAUACAACGCAAACAUCACCACCAUAGAGUCCUAUGCCUUUGCAAAUGUGAGUGCAUCAUUCAUGGAAAUAUACAACGCAAACAUCAAUACUAUUCAAUCCUAUGCCUUUGCCAAUAUGACUUCAUCAUACAUGCGCUUACACAAGGCAAACAUAACCAAUAUUCAAUCCCAUGCCUUUGCAAAUAUCUCUGUGUCAUCAAUGAGUUUAUACUACGCAAACAUCACCACUGUCCAGUCCUAUGCCUUCACAGGCUCUUCCAUCAGAGUCUCCAACUGCAACAUCACAUAUCUCCAGAACUACAGCUUCAAGCGCUCCUCCUCCUCCUCGUCCCUGUCAGACACUGCUAUAACAUAUGUUGGAUGUCAUGCCCUCGAAGGCAUAAUGAGCACCAGAUACGUCAUUGUCGUGAAUAACUGUGACAACGAUGGUAACAAUGACGUCAACGGCACCACGAGCCCAGGAAGAUGCCAGAUAACGUCUUCCUCAAUCACGUGCACAGGCCUGACCACGUUCCCGGGCCUAGUGUCCACGUCAGCGACAUCAGUGACGAUCACCAACUCCACCAUCACUUUACCGACGACUGCAUUUCUCAACAUGCCUAGACUUACAUCAGUGACUUUAAAGGGCGUGAAUGUUUUAACAAUACAAAGACACACUUUCAGCAGCAUCUCAGAAGGAAGAAUAUCCUUUGAGGAUGUCACAAUUGGUACCAUUGAAGGAGAAGCAUUUUUCAACUUGCUGAACACACGUAUUGCUCUAUCUAACAUUGUGAUAGAUGAACUUCCCUCUAAUUGUUUUUGCAGCGUGUCAGCUCAAGCCAUUACGUUAUCUAAAGGACGAAUUGGAAACAUCCAGCCUCAUGCCUUCAACAACCUGACAGCAUCUCUCCUGAUGAUGCACAGUGUACACAUUACCACCAUCCAACCCCAAGCCUUUAGGUUCACGAAUGUGUCACGUAUUAUAAUGCGUGAUGCCGUUAUUACAACCAUUCUUCCCUACGUCUUCGAGAACACAGACACAGCUUCUGUAUCCUUGUCUGACUGUGUUGUGACUAUUAUUCCAGGGCUACUGUUCAGAAGUGAAACUGUUUCGUUUAGGACGAUAGAAUGUUAGCAUUACUAUUCGUAUGCAGAAGCAUCCAACGCUAACAUAAGUAUUUCUCAUUCACGAACCUGCAUCCUCCUACAACAAUCACUGCACUGAUUUACAUGUAUCUAAGGCCUCGUCGUUGGAGACGUGCUCACAGAGGAAUGACGAUGCUGCAGUUGAAAAUUCGGAGAUCGGUGAGGUGAGGUAAAAUGGGGUUUAA